AUUUGAUGCUUCUCUCAUCUCUGGAAUCCCGCUUCGCUGGUUCUUCUUCAAAACUCGAGAAAGAGAGGGUGUACAACAGCUGCAUUGCUUUGGAGCUCUGGAAAUGGCCAAGAAUUCGAACCACAAGAGCAGUGGAGACGUGGAAAUGCCCCAGAAUUCGAACCACAAGAGCAAUGGAGACGUGGAAAUGCCCCAGAAUUCGAACCACAAGAGCAAUGGAGACGUGGAAAUGGCCCAGGAUUCGAACAACAAGAGCAAUGGAGAUGUGGAAAUGAUCCAGAAUUCGAACCACGAGGCACCAAGGGUUCCUGAAGUCAUAGUUGUUCAACGGGGGGAAUGGUCUGAGUUUGAACGAGAUGGAUUGCUCUAUUGUGCAUGCGAAGACUCUUCAUUAUGCUUCACAGAAGAAUGUCCGUGCUAUCUUACUGGUUCUUGUUGCAUAAAGGCUUGCCUGUGUAAAGAUUGUCCGAACUUUUUGGAAGAUGAAGACGAGCAAAAGGAACCUUCAUCUCAGUAUAUCCGGGAGCUUUGCUACUGUAGGAAAUCGGAAUGCCUGAAGAUUGAUUGUCCGUGCUAUUCUUCUGGAGUGCCUUGCAAAGAGCUUUGUCAAUGUCAAGGAUGUUUAAACUGUGUCAGUGUCAUGUCUGACAGUGUGAUUGAUCCCGAAUUGAUGGGGAAUGUUCAGCCACUUGCAAUUCAGGACAAAGAAAUGGAAGCUUUUUGGUGGUUUACAAACCCACAGGCAAUUAGCGCACCAGAGAUUCCACAACACUUCCCUGGAACACAAUGGGGUCCUUCAAAGCGCUGUAGCUGUAAGAACUCAGAAUGCUUGAAAUUUCAUUGCGAGUGUUUUGCCACUUCAUCCCGCUGUUCUGAGCUGUGUAUUUGCCAAAAGUGUCACAACCGAAUUGGCGAUGAGGAGAGCAUUAUUAUGACGGCCAGGAAGGUGGUGGAAUCUAGGGAUCCACUUGCAUUCACUCCAAAAUCGAUACUAAUAUCCUAUUUUUCUGACUAUGUUUGGCCAAGAGGAUCAUCUUCCAAAAACCAAACUUAUGAUACAGCCAUGUAUACUAGUGGCUGUGCUUGCCAAUAUCCAGGCUGCGGGGAUAGAUCCUGCGAGUGUUUCAAGUCGCUACUAGGAUGUUCAUCCGACUGCAAAUGUGAAGGAUGUCAGAAUUUAUGCGGAAUCAAACCACCAGCAUUUUGAACAAUCUAGUAUGUAUUUCCCAACUCUGAUCCUUCUAUGAUGAUAAACUUCCCAUACUUGAGACUCUUGACUAUAUUAGCUAUUGUUUAGAGGCCUGUGGUGUUUCACUUGACAAUGAUACAAGGUUGAUAGUUAUGCUCAUCUUGGAUUGAAUACUAUGAACAGAUUAAAACAACCAGAUUUUUAGGCUUACUUGCCUUUCAUAGGUUUUCAUGAAAUCACUUGUGUUUUGCUUUUCUUGCUAAAUAACUCAAGGCUAGUUAUUUUAGAUGAGCAGAUCAUACUUGAUUUGGAUUUCAGCAGAAACAGAAAUACUAUUUCAAAAAAUAAUUCUUGCUGUUUCAUUUUGUUGUCGCUAUUAGAUCUCAUGUUAAUUAAUAAUUCCAUUAUUGGCAAUCAAUCUAGCACUCAUUCAUGCAGUAAAACAUAUACAUAUUUACGUAUGUAAGGUGAAAUUGUACCAAUAAUUCAUGACUGUACUUGUAAAUGUAUUUUCAUCUCUGGUACCGAAAAAUAUACAAGUUGGUUUGGUCCCCUACUGUAUCAAUCCAUUCCAGUUGGUUUCUUCUGUAUAAUGCCAAGGGCAUGGAAUUUUUAUUUUUGUCACUUCAUCAAUUGGAAUUUUACAGA